CGACAACACACCAAGCUUCGGAAGCUUUCGCGCAGCCACUCCAGAUACCCCCACUGUGUCAAGUUGUUCCAAUCCCAGAAAAUCGCCAGAAUGCUCGACAUUGAAGACUUCGACGCAGUCUUCCCCAAUAAGCUUGCCUACAGCCAUGCGCUGUCGCAAGAAAUCAUUCACUGCCGAAAGACAUUAGGUGGAAGAAGUUUCUUCGAGCGCCUUUUAGAGCUCCUUCAGAUCAAAUGGCGAAAAGCAUACCCCCCCUCUCAUGACGGCCUGCGCGACCUCCACGAGCGCAUCGUCAAAGCGCCAAUUGCUCUACACUACAAGCACUGUCUCCUCCUGUACCUCCUCAAAGACCUCAGCCCGAUCUACCGCGACCAAACAGACAUCGAACUCGCGUCCUCCUUCGCGCGCAACGUGCACCUCGAGAAGAAAUUCUGGACGUUCAUCGAGGGCCUCUGGUCGCUGGACCACCUGCAAUUCGACACGGCGGUCAACCACCUGACGCACCCGUCGAUCAUCCCGACGUUCCCGGACGAGAUCAUGCUGGUGCUGCUGAACCACCGCAAGGAGCAGACGGGGCCGAACAACGGCGACGUGCUGCCGCUGGCGUACUACAACUGCGCGAACCCGCCGCUCGCCAGCCAGGAGGUCAAGACGGAGUUCAUCCGCUACAUGGCGGAGCGCAACGUCACGGAGACGCUGUACUGGAUCCGCGCGAGGCCCGAGUACGAGCACCGGCAGCUGCUGGAGGCGUUCGUCGAGGAGACGCUGGAGCGGAGCCAGUGGGCUCGGAGCCACUCCAACGAGCAGGGGUAUCCGAGGGAGGAGAUGGUCGCGGAGUUUGUGGGGCUGCCGUUCACGGACGAGGAGGAGACGUGGCUGGAGGGGUUCCUGACGGAGGGGAAGGGGAGGAAUUUCAAGAAUGCGGCGGAUACGCUGACUAUGAGGAGGAUUGCUACGGGGAGGUUGGCUGAGGUCGCGAGGGAUGCCACCGUCAAGGGGAGGAGGAUCGAGGGUGUCAAUUGGGAUAUCUUGAGGGAUGGUGUCGGGAGGGGGUUGGGACCCAGGAAGGAUUGAGUCAAGGUUUCUUCGACUUCUCCUUUCACAUCAAUUUCGCUCCCGACCUCACGAUCCGACAUGUUCCCAUCCUCCCCUUCUCUCUCUCUAAAUCUAAAUAUCCACCUUUCCAGCAUAGCGAAUGGAGUUAACCUUCUCUUUUAUUUUACUUGAAUCUACC